CAACGCGAUCGGUUGUGUUUCAUUUCAUACGUACAACUACGUAGUGCUUUUAUAAUUGUGUUUUAUUAUUAAAACUAACUAUAAUAUUAUUUAAAGUUUUUUGUGAACAAACUGACUCUAUUUUUGUGUUAUUAGUUAUUUUGUGAAAGUGUAAAUAUAUUUUUUAAUUGCUUAAAUUGCAGCAGAAAUAAGAUAAAAGAAAUAAUGUAAACUGGACCCGAAACUUCUAAACCAAGAAACAUGUCAAUCAAGAGAUAGCUAAUUACAAACAAAAUGGCGGACGAAAAAGAUUGGAUCGAUUACAUAGCAUCAGCAUCACAGAAUCUAACCAACAUAAAGACCAUAGACAAAAUAAAUGAUAUAAACGGAGUGAUUCCACAUUCGAAUUACAGUUUAAACGAUAAUGAUACUGGCUUUCUAGAAUAUUCCAAUUUUACAACGGAUGAUUAUUGCUCGUCGAAUCAUUCCCAUGUGUACCUAAACGUCACGUGUGAGUUCCCAAUCAACUACGCGGAACCGAUGUAUGGAUACAUCGCACCAUUUCUCCUAGCCACAACAACGGUUGCUAACACUUUGAUUGUCGUCGUAUUAUCUCGUCGUCAUAUGAGAACACCUACAAAUGUAGUGCUUAUGGCAAUGGCACUAUGUGAUAUGUUUACUAUGUUGUUCCCAGCACCAUGGCUGUUCUAUAUGUAUACAUUUGGUAAUCACUACAAGCCGCUAAGUCCAAUACAGGCGUGUCAAGCAUGGAAUUAUAUGAACGAGGUGAUACCGGCGAUGUUCCACACUGCCAGCAUCUGGCUGACGCUCGCAUUGGCCGUGCAGAGAUACAUCUACGUCUGCCACGCACCCGUCGCAAGGACUUGGUGCACAAUGCCACGGGUGAUGAAGUGUCUGAUCUACAUCGGUAUAGCGGCCUUCUUACAUCAACUUCCUCGCUUCCUAGACCGUCAAUACGUCCCGCACAUCACAGUAUGGCGUGGCCACUUCGAGGAAGUCUGCAGGAUAGAGAUGGCGCCGUGGGUACACGCGUUAUCGUUGGACGGUUAUUUUAUAACGUAUUUCGGAUUCCGUGUAUUAUUCGUACAUUUAAUACCUUGUACAUCACUAGUUGUGCUGAAUGUUUUAUUAUUUAGAGCAAUGAAAGCCGCACAGAUAAAUAGACAGAAAUUAUUUAAAGAGAAUAGAAAAUCUGAAUGUAAAAGAUUGCGUGACUCAAACUGUACAACGUUGAUGUUAAUCGUUGUUGUUACUGUUUUUCUCUUGGUAGAAAUUCCAGUAGCUGUUGUUACUAUAUUGCAUAUUAUAUCGAGUACAAUUGUUGAUUUCUUGGACUAUCAUAUUGCUAAUAUAUUAAUUUUAAUAACUAAUUUCUUUAUCAUCGUCUCUUAUCCUAUUAAUUUUGCUAUUUAUUGUGGUAUGUCAAGACAAUUUCGUGAAACUUUUAAAGAGCUUUUUAUUAGAGGUGCGGUAACUAGUAGAAAUGGUGGUUCAAGUAGAUAUUCUUUGGUUAACGGACCUCGAACUUGUACUAACGAGACUGUACUUUAAUUGACAUUUCUUAGCGUGGGUUUACACUGGUGACACUAACAUAUCUAUUAUCUGAUAUGUUUUUGUUACAUAAUAAUGGAAACACACGAUUAUAAUAUUUUAGAGUUAAUGUGUAUUGUA